CGCCGACCGAGUCGAGGGGGAUCAUGGCGCUGCGGCUGGGAUUCCUUCGGACGAAACACUUAUCUCCCGCCCUCGCGAUGUCAUUACCUUCCAGGAAGAGCGAUGCGGAGGCUCACUCGAAGGCCUGAGCCUCGUGGAUGGCCUGAACCUGGUGGAUGGCCGCCGCUCUCGUCGAGAAUCGGGUCGUCCUUCGGGAUUUCUGCGACUUCCUGGAGCGGUGUGAUGCAUUCUUUGAGGAACUUGAAAAGCAAGCAGUCCUUGAAGAGCAUUUGUCAGAGGAGCUGACUGAUAUUCAAAGCCUUCUUCAACCUCUCCUUCUAAGAUGCCAACAGCUGGGAUGGAACCCGGGGCAGGGAGACGGCAGAAUGCAAGCCGGCAGUGGGACAUCGGCUAGUAGCUUGACUGUAUCAGAAACGACCACAGAAAAGACCGACGAGGAGACGGGAAGCGAGAGACCAUGCGUCACUGUUUCGUACAGCACCGCCUUGUCCAAGUCUUCCAAGCAUGGAGUCCUGCAGUUCUUGAAGGAGCGCAGGAAGAUGAACCUCAGCUUCCGCCAAGAAACCUACCGGGCGGUCCUCCACAGUGACGGCUGGCUCCUGCUCUUCAAGGAUGCCAGGGCCAAGAAGCCCAAGGUGGCAAUCCUCCUGGCCAAUGCCCUCCUUCUACCAGUGGAAUCUAUCCAGAAGAAAUUGAGCGACAGGAGACGUCAGUGUGCCUUCCUGCUCUCCGAACGGCUCAGUGACAGUGAAACGAAGACUUACAUAUUUCUGGCAACAACGGCAGAGGAAAGAUUGCAAUGGGAAGCUGAACUGCUGGCAGUUUGCUCCCCUUUUGAUAAAGCCACUUUGUCUGAGAAUACAUACAAACGGUUGAGCCUCGAAGCAACAAGGAACUUAAUGACCGAAGACUAUGAUGAAACAGGAUGUGAAACUCUUUAUGCAGAGCUAGAAGAACCCAAUUUAAGAGAACUUCCUCUGGAGACAGACAAGCAGCCAGAAGCCAUAUAUGAUGAGGCUUUUGACUUUGAUCCAAACUAUCUUCCCCCUAAGAAAGGCACAGAGACCAUGAACUGCCAAGUCGAUCAGGAACUCGGUGGCAUGCCCUUGAGCAUCUCUCGUCACAGAAGUUAUGAUACGGAAAGGAUGGCUCCAGAGGGAGAAGCAAUUAUUGGCAAUAUCUAUGACACUCUUGCAAAAGACAGUGAACCCAGGGCCUAUUACCCCACGAAUGAACCUGUGCCUGGCAAUACGAUACCCUUGCCUGAAGCUCCUAUUAGUCAAUCAUUCAAGCCUGAAGUUCCCAAGAAACCCAUGAAGACAAGCCUGCUGCGCGGUUCUAGUCUGCGAUCUAGUCCGAAGAAGAAGAAGCUGAUGCACGAUCCAAGUAAGAACAUCAUGCAGAUUCAACAUUUGCAUUUGGAGAAGAAAACCACAUUUGAUUCAGAAUAUUCUCCAGAAGUGGUAGCCAUCUCCCACUCUCCGAAUCUUACGGCGUCCCGCGAAGUUUCCGAAAGUACGAGAGUGCAUCUGUCCAGUUUUCAAGGCGUAGGAUACAGUCGACAACUGCCUGCAAUCAAGAGGAAGCCUCUUACUCCCCUUCCCAAUGCAUCCCCUGAUCUGAUCUGGCAUCAUCCAGAGGCAAAACUCCACGUUCUACCAAACCAUACUAAAGACAUUUCCAAUGGAGUUACUUGCCGUGAAGAUGAGAGAAGCAAGGUUGAAAUGAAGACAAUACUCAAACCAAAUGCGUUGAACGCAAGCGGAACCCCUAUUCCUCACAAAGACGUCUUACAGUCAUCUCUCAUGCAGGACAAGAAGUCUAGACAUGUAACAAUUUCCCCAGAUGUGACUUCAGAUCGUGCCAAUGGGAAGCCAACAUCUCGCAUCGAGAAGCCACCUGUACCUGCCAAGAAGCCGUCAAUAUUGGGAUCCUUCUCCUGUGAAGAUCUGGAUUGCCCUGUGGAUUACCCUCAGAAGGAAUCCAGAAUGACCACAACUCUUGAGAAGAAGAUGCCAGUUUCCCCUUCUUUGCAUCACCUCAAUCAGAAAGAAGUUAAAGAUCUGAAGCAAAGAGACAGCUCCAACUUCUUGGAUGCAGAAGAGAGAUUCCUCGCUCGGUUACCAUUCAAGGCGACGAACUCGGGAGAGUUGAGCUUCGAGAGAGGGGACAUUGCCGUCCUCGUGGACAGGAGCCCUGGGAUCGGCCAUGGAAUGUGGAGAGUCAAGAUCAAAGAGAAGGUCGGCCUUGUCCCAUCCGUCUAUUUCCAUUGCCUUCAGGAGUGA